AUGUACGGUAGAAGAAAAAGAGGAUUUUCUUCGCCCGCUCACCAAAGGUCUCUGAGGUGUGACUGCUCGGGAAAGGGAGCUUUAUCUGAGCCUUCUUCCGUGUUCGAUUUUACCGAGAGUCCUGUGGAAUUCCAGAAAAGUCUCAGAUCUCCGCGCAAACGCUUGCUCCAGAACGCGUCGAUUCCGAGAUUGCGCAACUUCGAGACGGCGGACUAUUUCAAGGAGGCUCCAGAGGAGCAGCGACCGCGAUGGACGCACGAAAAACAGCCAGAACGCAGACAAUUGCUGCCUCCCACGCCCAAGAAACAGAAAUCUGGAAGCACUCAGCUGGAGCUCGGGGAGCUGUCCAAGGAAAAAAACGCGUCGCCAAAAAAGACCACAGUCCCCGACAAUCUGUCUGAUCUGUUUGAAGGGCUCCCGCAAAGUCCACGAAAAUCCACUCUAGAUAUCAGGACAGUAAAUAUUAUAUCUUCGGAAGAGCCAGAGCCCCAGAUCCCAAAAGUCGCACUAGAGCCUCCUUCCAUUCCAACGGUUAAUAAUGACGGCCAGUCUGUCUUAUCGCCCCCAAAACCACAUAAAUCUCCUAGAAACUACGCCCGUCAGCACGAACCUACAGCCCAGCCUUGA